UUAAUUUUUUAAUUAGGGCGGUUUGAGCAUCUCCCGGCGGGGUCGCAUCGCCGGGCGGCGAGGGGAGCCCGGGCGAGCUGCCCCCGCCGCCCGGGAGCGGGGCUCCCGGGACCACCCCUUGCCCCGAGCCGUCGGGACUCCAGCCUGGACUUUGCGCAGCCGGCGCGGCGGGCCGGAGGCGCGGAGAGCUCCGCGCUCCGCCACCAUGGGCAGCGCGGGCGCGCAGGACGAGGGCUGACUCAGAGUAUGGCUCCUCUCAGCCAUGGCUGCAGUACAGAGCACAGAUACUGGAACUCCCUUUAACCUGGCUGAGCAGUGCAGGCAAAGAAGCAAUAGAGGUGAAAAUCCCACAGAGCCACCAGGAUGUGAUGCCCAAGGAUGAGCAGUAAUUACUGCAGCAACACUUCAGCCAGUAUGAGUGUCAACGAAAUGCCUGCCUUCCCUCUGACUUUAGAACAAAAAACUGGCUUUGCCUUUGUGGGGAUUUUGUGUGUUUUCUUGGGACUCCUAAUUAUCAGAUGCUUCAAAAUCUUGCUAGACCCCUACAGCAGUAUGCCUUCUUCCACGUGGGAAGAUGAAGUUGAGGGGUUGGAUAAAGGAACAUUUGAAUAUGCUCUUGCAUGAAAACUCACAGAAUAUCCUGCCUUAAAUAUAAUGUUGAUUUCAUUUUGGAAACCAACUGUUGUUACAUUUGUUAUACAUACCUGCAUUUUGGAGAUAUGUUGGUGGCAUCCAUUUUGUUAAAUAAAUAUU